GGGGGAACCAGGAAUCGUCCCUACUGGUUGAAAAGAGAAUCAAACCAGAAAGAAAUUGCUCUUGUCUCCCCCCCGGCCAAACCUCCCCCACGCCGGACCCCGGGACGUCAUGUCUACCAGUCUCUGUCAUUUCAAGGACCGGUGCGUGUCCAUCCUGUGCUGUAAAUUCUGUAAGCAAGUGCUCAGCUCUCGGGGCAUGAAGGCCGUCCUGCUGGCUGACACUGAGAUAGACCUUUUCUCCACAGACAUCCCGCCUACCAAUGCAGUGGACUUCAUUGGAAGAUGCUAUUUCACUGAAAUCUGCAAUUGUAAACUGAAGAACAUUGCUUGCUUGAAAUGUGGGAACAUUGUAGGUUAUCAUGUGAUUGUUCCAUGUUGUUCCUGCCUUCUUUCUUGCAAUAAUGGACACUUCUGGAUGUUUCACAGCCAGGCAGUUUAUGGUAUUAACAGACUGGACUCUUCUGGUAUAAACUUCCUACUUUGGGGUAACUUGCCAGAGAUAGAAGAGAAUACAGAUGAAGCCAUAUUAGAUAUUUCAGCUGAGGAGUGUAUUAGAUGAAUGAAGUUAUAAUAUGGAUGCUGUUCAGCCUUUUUCCUAUUUAAUAUAUGUAUGAAUGGAUCAACUUUAAAAUUUCUAAAGAAUUUUUCAGUGUUUUUUAAAAUGCAUUUAUUAAUUUGUUUCUUUGCUCUCUCGGAUUAUCUGAAUAUAUUUGAGCCAAUGUAAUUUUUUUCCUUCUACUUCUACUUCCUCUUUCUCUUUCUGCCCCUUCACCCAAUAUACAUGUAUUUUCAAAUGCAGAAAGAAACAGAUUCUUUCACAUAUUACUUAGCAGGCUUCCAAUCUGAGAGAAUUUUUCUUACAACUAAAUGACACAUGUCAUUAAUUUCAUAUUCUAAUAAGAAGCAUUAAUACCCACGCAUAUACCAACCAUGCAUAUAUUCAUGUAUAUAAAAUGCAUGAGUAAGUCAAACUCAACUGGGAAUUAAUGCUUAAUGGGGAAUUACAAAACAGGCUGUUAGGUUUCUUUGAGUACUGUUUAUCAUAUUUUAUACUGAAGAUAAAUGUGAAACAAGACUUUGAUAAUCAGCAAAAAGAAAUGAAAACUUAAAACCUCAAAAUGUAUGGCAUAAUUCUCUUAAUUCCUCAGGAUGGUAGAUAAGUGAAUUUUUCAAAAAAAUAUCAAUUUAUACUUUUACCAAUAUUAUUUUUAUACUUUUAUUGUCUCGUGGAUAUUAUGCUAUGAAAUCCAGAUAAACUGAGCCCCAAUCUUUAAGUUAUCCCAUUCCAGGGUGUCCUCUGUAAAUAGCAAUUAUUUUUUUAAUGGAAAAUUAAAGUGGUUUGCUUAGGCCAUUAUAUAUAUUUUUUAAGUGCUGUUGUUUUUCUUUUUAUUGUUGUUGUCAUCACUGUUGUUGUGUCAUUUCAAGCUGCAUUCAGAGCCACAAAGAAAAAGAAAACUGAGAUAAUGUUGGGUUUUAUAUAAAGUUAAAAUCAUUGUAUUGCCUUUGC